AUGUGGCGCUCCGGAACUGGCGCAGCGGUGCCGCUGGUCGCCACGCAGAGGCUCUGUGGCUGCCUCGCGCUCAGGGGCCGCCCCGCGGCCCCCGGGCGGCGGGCGCCCCGGCCACCCGGGCGCGUUGCGGACGCUGCGGGCGCGGGGCGCUCUCAGCGGAGGUCGCAGUGCAGCCGCGCCCAGGGCCUCGGCGCCCAGGGCGGCGAGGAAUUCCCGCUGAUCGACUGCGGCCCGCUCUUUUCGCGGCGGGGCUCCGACGCCGAGGUCGCGCGAGCAAUCACCAUCGGCACCAUGAGGGACGCACUGGAGAGACGCGGGUUCUUCUAUGCCGCUGGUGUCCGCCCGCUGCCGGCAGAGUACAUCGCCGAGGUGUACGAGUACGCGAGGAAGGCGCACGCCCUCCCCGCCGCCGUGAAGGCGGCCUGGGUGCGCCCGCGCGGCACCUAUUCUGGAGCAGACGUAGGCGAUCCCGAACUGGCCUACGAGAAGGGAACGACCUCGUCGGCCCGUUCGUGGGACUACCAGCGGGCUCAGACAGCGCCGUACGGCUACCCUGCGGAGGACGUCCUCGCUCCGAGCUUCACCUCCUUCUUGGACGCGCUGUACUGCAAGCAGGACGAGCUGUCCCGCGCGCUGUUCGUGGCCAUCGCAGAGAUGUUCGGCCUGGAAGCCGACACCUUCAGCAAACACUGCGCUGGCGACAUGGGCACGAUCCGGCUCAUGUACUACCCGGGGUUCGUGGAGGGCGAGCGCGCUGACGCCGGCAUCACGGCGCACACCGACUUCGAGGCGCUGACGCUGAUGCACCAGGACGCCCCAGGGCUGCAGCUGAUCCCCAGGGACACCGGCACCUGGGUGGACGCGCCUGUGCGGCCAGGCGAGUUUAUUGUCAUCGUGGGCGACGUGCUCGAGCGGUGGACGAACGGCGCACUCCGCGCGACGCCCCACCGUGUGGUGCAGACGCUGCACCCCCGCAGCUCGAUCAUCCGCUUCCUGGCCGUGCACCCGGAGACGCUGAUCGAGCCCCUCCCCCUCUUCGUCAGCGAGGCCUGCCCACGCAGGUACACGCCUGUGACCAUGAGGAGGCACAUGGAGACCACGCUGCAACAGCUGGAGCAGGGCGGCGGCGCCUGGGACGUAGAGCGGAACGUGAGCCUGACGGCCACCAGGGAGUACACCUGA